AUGGAAUCAUCUGAUAACCAAGCUCCAUGGUCUGAAAUAGACAUUCUGAACUUACUGAAAUACAUGCAGUAUAAUAUACCAUCAGAUGACUUCAGAGAAUUCAAAAUCAGCCAGGCCGACCUAGACUGGAGUAAAGUAGCUUUUGGACGGUUUUCAGGAGAAAUGUGCAAACAGAAAUGGAUGGAGAUUUCUUGUAAGUUAAGGAAGUUCCGCACACUGACAGAGUUGGUGCUUGAAGCCAAGGAACUUAUGAAAAAAACUCACAAAAAUAAUCCAGUCAAGAAGCAUCCUGACCGACCCAAAAGACCCUUGACUGCCUAUCUGCGCUUUUACAAGGAGCAGCGACCCAAAUACUGCCAGAUGUACCCUAAGUACAGCAAUGUGCAGCUGACCAAAAUCCUGGCUGACAAAUACCGUCAGCUACCAGCAGAGAUAAAGCAGAGAUAUAUCCAGGACUUUAAGAAGGAGAAACAAGAGUUUCAGAAAAAGAUGACUCACUUCAAGGAAAACCAUCGUGUUUCAAGGCAUCCUCAGAAGUCUGUGGUGCCCGGAAGUCAUCAAACCAAAGUCUCUAAGAAGUCACAAGGAGUUACGAAAAACAUAAAGUCUCUUCGUAAAAUGGAAUUUCACAAAACAUUUUCCUCAGAGAUGACAUUUCAUGGAGAACCCAGGAAACCCCCUAUGAAUGCAUAUCACAAAUUUCACCAAGAUUCAUGGUCAAGUCCAGAACUGAGGCAUCUGUCCUUUAGGGAACGCUUCAUUAAGAUUAGCAGGCUUUGGCAUCAAGUCCCAGAAGACAUGAAGGAGCAGUAUACCAGACAGGCUGUGGAGCUACAGAAACAAUACUGGGUGGAGCUGGACCUCUGGCUCAAGACAUUGUCUUCCGAGGAAUAUGCUGCAUAUCAAGAGGCCAAGGCCAUCCGUAGUAAGCGAAAGAACAUGAGCAUGUCUGGAGGCAGAAGCCACAAGUUUAGACGAACAGAUGAUCUUCAGUCCUCCUCAGAAGAAGAGCUUCAAGUGAACCCGGGAGAGGGAGAGGAGCUGCUGGACCCUGGAACAGAUUCCCCAUACACUAACCAAAGUAAUCAUGGUGGCUCCCAGGCAUGGUGGCAUCUGACAGAUGAUAGCGAAGAGGAAGACUCUAGCACCUCUUCAGAUUCUAGCAGUACAGAUGAAGAUGAUGAAAAUCUUCCUCUUGGGGAACCCACAAGUUUAGACUCUGUUUAA